AAUAGGCAUUAUUAACGUACAUCUCAUACCAGCAUAGUCUUCACACCCCUGUAUUUUUUGGAAUGGUCCAGUGUGACGACAUUCCGGUUUUAUCACAUGUCCGGUCUCUACUGAAAUCGUUGGUGUCUAUCGUCAAAAAUCCCGUUGUUUACUGGUGUUUAAAAUUGUAUUUUACCAAUAUUCUUUACUUGGCUUUUUGUUCGUGAUCAUCCACAAGUACUGAAGUAAAAGUGUACAAAUACAGUAGGUCUAGACUGGUUGUUAACGCGCCAACUUCACUUUUUGAGCGCAUCUCAUUGUGAAAAGGACUGAACACGUUUCGGUCCUCGUGUGAACAUUAGAUUGCAUUUUCUAAAAGAAGACUCUUAUAUCGUCGUGCCUGAAGAAAUACGGAUAUGAGUGCUUCGUUUGGCGGAGGCGGCGACGAAACUGCCGCUGACAGAAAUGUCGAAAUUUGGAAGAUAAAGAAACUGAUAAAAAGCUUGGAGGCAGCGAGAGGAAACGGAACAAGCAUGAUAUCACUGAUUAUUCCACCAAAAGAUCAGAUCUCGAGAGUAUCAAAAAUGUUAGCUGAUGAAUUUGGCACUGCUUCAAACAUUAAAAGUCGUGUCAAUAGACUGUCAGUGCUUAGUGCGAUUACCUCUGUGCAACAACGUCUCAAAUUGUAUUCAAAAGUUCCACCUAAUGGUCUUGUUAUCUACUGUGGAACUAUUGUCACAGACGAUGGCAAGGAAAAGAAAGUGAACAUCGACUUUGAACCAUUCAGACCCAUCAAUACAUCACUGUAUUUGUGUGAUAACAAAUUCCAUACAGAGGCCUUGACUGCACUGUUAGCAGAUGACAACAAGUUUGGAUUCAUUGUAAUGGAUGGUAAUGGUGCCUUGUUUGGUACAUUGUCAGGAAACACCCGGGAUGUUCUUCAUAAAUUCACAGUGGAUCUCCCAAAGAAACAUGGUCGUGGUGGUCAGUCAGCCCUGCGUUUUGCCCGUCUUCGUAUGGAGAAGAGACAUAACUAUGUGAGGAAAGUUGCAGAAACUGCUGUGACAUUAUAUAUCACCAAUGACAAGGCUAAUAUCGCUGGUUUAAUCUUGGCUGGAUCGGCUGAUUUCAAAACUGAACUCAGUCAGUCUGACAUGUUUGAUCCUCGUCUUCAAGCAAAGGUGUUGAAACUUGUAGAUGUUUCGUAUGGAGGUGAGAAUGGCUUCAAUCAGGCUAUUGAGCUGUCAUCGGAAGUACUUGCGAAUGUAAAGUUCAUUCAGGAGAAAAAACUCAUAGGAAAAUACUUUGAUGAGAUAUCGCAGGAUACUGGAAAGUUCUGUUUUGGCGUUGAUGAUACGCUGAAAGGAUUAGAGAUGGGAUCAGUAGAGAUACUCAUAGUGUGGGAGAACCUGGAUAUAAUGAGAUACAGUCUUAAGAAUCACCAGACAGAUGAGGAGAAGAUACUUCAUCUCACACCUGAACAAGAAAAGGAUAGGACGUACUUUGUCAAUAAAGAUACUGGGGUUGAGUUGGAGUUAGUUGAUUCACUGCCACUCUUGGAAUGGCUGGCAAACAACUAUAAAACAUUUGGUGCCACUUUAGAAAUUAUCACAGACAAGUCGCAGGAAGGCUCUCAGUUCUGUAAGGGUUUUGGAGGUAUUGGUGGAAUUCUCCGAUACAGAGUAGACUUUCAACAGUUAGAAUUAGACGAUGAUGAGUUCGCCGACUUUGAUGAUUAUUAGAUUUUAUAGCUGCAUCAACAGGUUACAACACACUCAGCCAUUAAAAACACUUAAUGCAUUCAUUGGUUCUUUACCCCUUGUAGCUCGCCUACCAUAGUCUGCCUUAGUAAUAAAGUUGCAAAGAAUAUUACACCAUUUUGGGAAAUCAUUCAAAAAUAUCUUGGUUUCAGAAUUUUCUCUUGUAGCUAUGAAAUUGUUGCUUACUUUAUUCUACCACAAAUAUAGUAGCAACUAAUUUUAAAUUUUUUUUUGGCAAUUGUAUAACAUUUUUGGCCAAUCAAACAGAGGCAGAUUAUACGAGUUGGUAUUAUCACUUGUUUUUUAGUGUUUGGCAAUUUCUUUAUAAGCAAAAAAAAAAAGAAAAUUAGGUGUUUAUAUAAGUGAAAAAUUGGUUUUUGUGAUGUGACAAAAUAGUAAGCUUUAGUGCUCGUUUGCAGCCAUAUAGUAUCGGCAAAAAAAAAAUAAGUAUUGUUUCCCCGCCCAGUCGACAAAUUAACCACCUUGAAAAUUACAUCUCUUUAGCUUGUAAUUUGAGAUCAAUCAUGAGAUACCCCGCCCAAACUGCCAUCUGUACUUAAAAAUGAAAUGUUGAAUUUAUAGACUCUUGUUCAGUAAUGUGAAUAUGCAUACUAAUAAUCUAGGACUGCUGUCAGUGCCUGGACAUAUCUAUAUAGUGUUUGAUGUACAUGAGUACUAAGUUAUGGAUGAUGGCUAUUUGGGAGGGGAAACUCGUACAAGUUUUGAAAAAGUCAAAAGAAAGGAAGCAUAAGUAUGCUAAGUGUGUUGUAACUUGUUGGUGCAGCGCGUGUAAAUAGUUAUAUGAAAUGCUCUAUGAGCAUGUGACUUUUUCAAAUAUUUAUACAUACUGUGAAUAUUGCUGCGGACACCAACAGUUUCUCUUUUAUGGGGCAUUGAUACAUUUUAUUUUUGUACAAAAUCUUUUUUAAAAAAAAAAUUGUCAUUUUUGGAGUCUUUGCUAAAUAUAUGAAAAAAAA